UUGAUGGGACGAUGUGCAACAACUGCUCCGCUUUUUGCUGCUACAACGCCUGAAGCACUGCCAGCACAAUUGUAUAGUACUUUUAAAAGCUAUGCCUCGUGUCCAAUCCCUAAUCAAUUUUAAUUAGGUAGCUCCACGUAAACGUAUAUCCAGUGAUAAGAGUAGCUGUACAGUGUUGGCAGGCGAUGUCGUGGAGGUACAACAUAGGUACUAUUUCUUGAGUGACGAACAGUUCAAGUUUUCUUUCUUCAAUGGUGAGGAAACGUGUUAAGCGAAAGGCAACUGCUGCAAGUGGUGCCAAUGCUAGCGGAGCAACAAAUAAUACUGAGAAAAGCUCUACUCAAGUACACAACAAGAACUUGAGCAGUGUCAGAGCAGUGGCCUCUGACAAAGAAAUGUCUCACAAUGAUCUUGACUUGUGUUUAAAGGAAUAUAUUCAACCCAUCUCAAACGAACCUGCAAGUGAUAAACAUACAACGAUAAACAAACAAGGAAACGCAAUGAUAGGGAGUACAAAUGCUUUGCGCAGAGCCAAAGAUGUGCCAUCAUCAUCAACCAAUGGUGCCAGACCAACCGCUAUUGAUCAGAGUGAUCAUGUCAAAAAGAACUGCAAUGAAAUUAAUCCCGAUCACUUGACGCUAUGGCAGCAUCCUAUUACAACUCUCAAUUAUUUUAUAAGAGAACUGCUGAUUGACUGCCUUAGCUUUGCAAGAAAAACUUUGAGAUACAGGAAGACCGUUUUUUGUACUGUCACUUUUAUUACAUUAUUCUUUUUUUUGGGUAGGAUUUCUGGACCACAGCAACUGGCGUUUAAAGCUUGGGAAGACCAAAUCAGAUGGUGGUUAUAUUGGGUAGGCUUAGGAGUGCUAUCAAGUGUCGGUCUUGGUACAGGAUUACACACAUUUGUCUUGUAUCUUGGACCCCACAUAGCAGCGGUAACGAUGGCUGCCUACGAGUGCGGUGCACUUAAUUUCCCAGAACCACCAUAUCCCGACCAGAUAAUAUGCCCUACGACUGUAGAUACGAAUUGGACUGUAGGUAUAUUAAAUAUAAUGAAAAAAGUGCGCAUUGAGGCAAUGCUAUGGGGAGCUGGUACUGCCCUUGGAGAGUUGCCACCGUAUUUCAUGGCCAGAGCCGCGCGUACUAGUGGACAAACCUCCAAAGAUCAAGAUUUUGAUCAAGAGGAACUGAAGGAGUUGGAGGAGCUGGAAGAGCUUGAACGAGACAAGAAAAAUAUACCACUUACUACACGUGCCAAAUUGGCGAUGAAGCAUUUCGUUCAAAAGGCUGGUUUCUUAGGAAUUUUGGCUUGUGCAUCGAUUCCCAAUCCUCUGUUUGACCUUGCUGGCUUGACAUGUGGUCAUUAUCUUAUUCCAUUUUGGACAUUCUUUGGUGCCACAUUGAUUGGAAAGGCCAUCAUUAAAAUGCAUAUACAGCAGCUAGCUGUGAUAAUUGCAUUUAAUGAAGAAUUACUAGAUAAAGCAAUCAGUUUCUUGGUUUAUGUGCCUGUGAUUGGUGUUAAGUUCCAAGAACCUCUUAAAAAAUAUCUAGUUGAGCAAAAACGUAAACUGCACGAUAAAUCAUCAGUUGAGGGUUCAACGACUAUUUCCUGGCUAUUUGAUAAAUUCGUUAUGCUCAUGGUUUGUUACUUUUUAGUAACGAUUAUUCAUGCGCUUGCCCGUAAUCAUCAUAGAAGGCGUACAAAGUCAUCGACUGAUUGACCGUUGUUCAAAAUAGAUUAAUUA